AUGGCUGCCGCAGCACCGUCAGUUUCAUCUACUAAGGAGACUACCAACUACGCUCGCUUGUGUCGUCUGCUGGUUGAUGUUGGUACCCAGGCCCUCCGCGACACAUUCGAUGCCAUUCAUCCCCCAGCCAAUCUUCACACAGUUUUGGCGAGUAACAAAACUAAGUUACAGUCACUGAGAACAAGAAAGAUUAUAAAUGCAACGCAAUGGGGAAAACUCUAUCCUUUUAUUCCAUCCUCAGUGUCUUCCAGAGAUUUUGAUAUCACCCUUUUGACGGUUUUGCUGCGAAACUUUUGCGGCUUACCUUCUCCCAUAGCAGGCUGGGAUACACUUCCUGCUGCAACAGAUGUGAGUCUUGAAGCUGAUAUUGCCCGAGUUAAAUAUUACAGGAACACUGUAUAUGGUCAUGCUGAGUGUGCUUCAGUUGAUGAUGCGACGUUCAACGCAUGCUGGGGCGACAUCCGGGACACUCUGGUGAGGCUGGCUGGAGUGAAAUACAAAGCAGCUAUUGACAAUCUUGAAACUGAGUGUAUGGACCCUGAGGUUGAAGAUCACUACAAAGAACUGCUCUGUCAGUGGAAGAAAGAUGAAGAUAACUUGAAAGAUAAAUUGGAUGAAAUCGGAUAUGGGAUUGAAAUAGUCAUAAAAAGACUGGAUGAUUUAAAAUCACCAACCUUAACUCCAAAGGUGCACCUGGAUAACGAAGGUUUGUCUCAAUUCUAGAUUUUUACUUGCAAGAAGAGAUUGAUGGAUUGAUAGACCAAACCUUUCGUAAACCGAAAACACGAGUAACCAAGUCGCGAUUGAGAUUAAUUUUGCGACCAAUAAUUUGAAAGGGUGGAACAAAUAGAGAAGUUAUUAAGACAAGUGGGUGGAGAGACAAAAAUCACAGACUUGGAUGCAAACAUAUCCGCACCUACUUAAUCAUCUAAGAUUAGUAUUGCUAAGAGUUUCCCUUCACUGUGACUUUCGCACUGACUAUGGUGUUUUGUUUGUUUUAGGAAUGAAACAAUUAAAGGUGGAAGAAAUCGGGGACACAAACAGUCCUGGUUUGUGUGAAGAAAGAUGUCAUGAGAACGAACCACUUCAAUUUUACUGUCGAGAAUGUGAGAUCUGUAUCUGUCACAAGUGCAAACUUAUUCCUCACUAUAAUCACACUAGCGUUAAAAUACAACAAGUCGCUGAUGAACAAAAGGCUCUAGUCUUCGAUGUUCUUCAGCGCCUAAAAACAAAGAUUGACGCCUGCAAAAACGGAAUGAAAAGGUUGUCCGACUUGUGGAACAUUGUACGACACGAAAUCACAAUAGCUCGCACCUGCGUGCGAAAGAGUGUGGAAGACGUUAUUCGGGUUGUAAGGGAACACGAAAAGGCUGUUUUGGAAGAUUUAGAAAGGAUUGAGGAAGAACAAGACAAAAGUCAUGCAUUACAGCAAGAACGCUAUCAACUGUUAAGUGCGCAGCUUAAAGACAGUGUACAACACUGUGAAGACAUUUUGAAGAGAAACAACUGCAUAGAAAUUCUGCAAACACAUCAGACCGUUGUGGAACGUUGUAAAGGUCUUCUAAACACUUGUAAAUUGAACGUUUGCAUGCCAUCACACGUUAGUUAUUUGUCAAACGAUGAAGCUGUUCAGAACAUCAUGCAAACGAUUCUUGGACAAGUUAUUGUUAGUUCUUCAAACUCUCUGAAGUCAGUGGCUGAAGGAGCUGGUUUAGAAUGUGCAGAAGUUGGUAGAAAAAGCGAUUUUGUGAUAACAACAAAAGAUUUCGAAGGGAAAGUGUGUUAUUACAAGAACGACACAGUUACCGUUAGUAUCAAGACACCGUUAGGGGAAGACAUAGACGAGACAAUCACCAACAAGCAAGACGGUAGAUAUAUUGUGACUUUCACGCCAACUUGUACAGGAAUACAUCGCGUGACGAUAGAGGUGAACUCUCAGCCGCUGACUGGUAGCCCCUGGAGUAUUCGGGUACAUCCGCACCGAUACAGACACGUGUUUAAAUUCGGCUCAGGGGGAAAAGUUCAAGGACAGUUUGAAGAUCCCUUUGAUAUUGCAGUGUGCGAUAAGUCAGGCAAUAUUGCAGUCGCAGAUUGCCAAAAUAAUAGAAUUCAACUUUUUGGUUCAGAUGGCAAGUUUUUGCGUGAGUUCUGUCAGAAAGGAGACGGCCCUAGCAGAUUCCAUGAGCCGUUCUCUGUCGCGUUUACCAGGUCUGGUGAAUUGGCUGUCGUGUCUUCAGGCCAGAUUUCACUAUUCUCUGAAGAUUGUCAUUUUAUAACACACAUUACCAAUGAGCAAUUAAAAUCUCCUUGGGCAUUGUCUAUUACAUGUGACAAUCAAAUGGUUGUGUGUGACAAUGGCGACAAUUCAAUCAAGGUCCUCUCCAUCGACGGUACAGAAUUGAUAAAGUGUUUCAGUACUCCAGAUUGUGAUGAGGCUCCGUGGUAUGCUAUUUUUCACCAGGACCGAUUUUUUGCGAGCUACGAUGGGCUUGGGUGUGUCAAGGUUUUUAAUAAGGAAGGAGUGUUCUGCCGUAACAUUGGAAUGGAGGGGCCUCACGCUAGACGGUUAGAUGGCCCAUUUGGCUUUGCUGUCGAUAAAUAUAACAACCUGAUAGUCUGUGACUAUGAAAGCAAACGAUUACAAGUAUUUACACUGGAUGGGAAGUAUGUCCAUGGUGAAGACCAGUUGAAUGUGACACCAUGGUCUGUUGCCAUGUCGAAGAAAGGACAGUUAUUUAUCACUGAUCCAACUGAGAACUGUGUUCAUGUUUUUGAAUGA